AGAAGUUUAAUCGUUCAAAUCGAUAUAUGACAGCGCCAGAAAUUAGUUCCUCGUAAUAACAAUCAGUUAGUUGAUAAUUGUUUUUCAGUUUUGGUAUUAUCAACACCAUUUGACUAUUCGGCAAGUAUCUAAACUAUUGUAUUUGUUUUUUAUCUAAGAUAUGACAAAAACAAUAUGUGGAUUGCUAUAAUUGAUGAAUAUCAGCUGUAGAAUGAAGAGAGAUGCAAAAAUCAUAUGAAUAUUUUUAAUUGCAGACAUGGUGAGCAAUGUCAUACCGAAAGGUAACCCAGCUCAUGAUUUACAACAAGCUAUAAUUGCUGGGAAUAGGGAGUUGGUGCUUAGUAUACUUUUACAGAAGCAUGCUGAUGUUAAUAGUCUAGUCAUUGGAAAAACAGCCCUAUCUUUAACAAUAUCGCAAAAUAAAUAUGAUUUGUUCAGCAUCCUUUUAGAAAAUGCUUCUGUUAAUGUCAAUGUUCGGAGUAAACUAAUGAAGAAUAAUUUGGAAGCGCCUAUUGUAACAGCUUGUCGAAUUUCUAAUGUUGAUAUGGUUAAGAAACUCUUACAAUUUAAGAAUUUGGAUAUAAAUGUUGUCGAUAAUCAUGGUCGAGGUGCCGUUUGGAUGUGUGCUAGACAAGGGGAGUACGACAUUUUAAAAAGCCUACUUAUAGCUGGUGCCUCAUCAGAAAUGCUACCAUCAACCUGGUCUCAAUCCCCUUUAUAUUGCGAUAUCAGGUACACUCAAAAUACAAGCAAAAUCGCCGAGCUGUUAAUUCUUAAUGGUGCUAAUGUUCGAAUAACUACACCAGCUCACCAAACAAGUCUAGCGCAUCUAGCCAUAACGCAAAAUCGUGUUCAUUUAGCUUAUUUACUAGUCCAAGCAGGUUGUUGGCUUAGUUUUGAUACAAAACUUAAAGCGGAUUUUCAUUCUAAAGCUCUAGACGAAUAUUUAACUGCAGAUGACCAAGAUUGGCUUACAAUGGAAAUAAAUAAUCCACCCAGCCUACAACGUCAGUGCUCCAUAUCUAUCCGAACACAGUUGUUCAAGGCAACAAAAGGAUCAUUUUUCCUUAAAACUCUCUAUAAGUUACCCUUACCAAAACCGCUUUUAGACAAUAUCAGUUUAUUAAAUAUUGUUGAUAAACAAAUUUCGAACGAUAUGUUUUUUAAUGAUUGAAGUUUUAAGGUGAUUAUUUCUUUUUUUUCUUUUAGUAUUAUCUUAAUCUGGUCGAAUUGUAUCCUCGAAUAAAAAA